UGGGUAUAUAAAAGGUGAUUGCGCGUGAAUUGGAAAAAGGCCAAUUUGGCGCUUGGCAAUCGGCCGCUCCAUUUUUGUCAUUCCGUCUCUUUUCUAAUUUUCUCUGCACAAACAAAGAAAGAGACAGGCCAUGGAAUCAACCGAGUUUGAAGUCUCUCCAAUUGUCUGAUUCUCAACCCUGAACUUUCAUCAAUCUCGGUAACUCUCUCCCUUUCUCCUCUUGAUUCGUUUCCCAAAAAACGGGAGCCCCAUAAACUACUCAAUUCUUCUUUAUCUCAACCUUACUCAAAACCCCAUUGUUUUGUUUUACUGAAACUACCGCAAUUCUUUUCGCAACCAAUUAUCUGAUAGGAUCUGCUUCAUUUUCCUUUUCAUUUCUCAUGGAGACUGAAUUCCCAAUUGUCAAUGAAACUCUGCCCUUUCCUGCUUCUUGUUGAAUUUAACUGUACUAUAUAGUGGUAGAGUAGAAGACAGGGGGGCGGGGGGUUUUCUUCAGCGAUGGGAUUAUGGCUGUUAGCUUCAACUGGGCCACCAAUUAAGCGACGAGCCGGUCUAAGAAUAAAACAGGCGGGUCGGGGUUCUUAUAGCGGCAGCUAGUGAAGCCCUUUGUUUUUCUCGUUGAUUAAUCUAUAUUUCGUUACUUUCGAAUUUGCUCUGCUUAUUUGUAAAGCGCUCAAGCGAAGAAUGGAGAUUUCGUCUUCGUCUCUCAACAACCUCUUGAAAAGUCUCUGCACCCAUUCACAAUGGAUUUAUGCUGUCUUUUGGAAAAUUAAGUAUCAAACUCCACCGAUAUUGACUUGGGAAGAUGGGUAUUGCAAUUAUUCAAAAUUGGAAAAACAUAUGGGAAGCAUGACAGAGUAUGGAAUGAUUAAAGACAAUGAUGAACAUGUUACUUCGUACUAUGGAACAAAUAUUUAUAACGGUGAUUCUGGAAGUUGUUCUGUUGAACUAGCAGUGGCUGAUAUGUUUUGCCUUCAAUAUGCGCUGGGAGAAGGGACUGUGGGAAGCGUGGCAAGUUCUGGAAAUCAUAGUUGGGUUUUCCUUGAAAAUAUUUUUACUAGCAAUUCAUCCACUCCUUCUAUUUAUGAGGGUCCUACUGAAUGGCUGAUUCAAUAUGCAUCUGGUAUCAAGACUAUUUUAUUGGUGCCCAUUCUUCCUUUUGGAGUGUUGCAGCUUGGCUCAUUGCAAAUGGUUACCGAAAAUCUCUCGGUGGUUGCUUAUAUCAAAGACAGAUUCAAUGUCAUUAACUUUGUUGCUGGAGAUGCCUGUGCAUCACUUGUACCCAGUCCCUUUGAGAGCUUGGAUGAGCAAACAAACUUUACCACUUAUAUGCUGGAAGCUGAAAAUCAUGAGGUUAUUCAUGAUAUUAAGCCACCAAUGUCAAAUUUAAAUCAGUUUGUAACCAUUCAAGAUGUGAUGACUGCAUCUAGAAGAUUUAGGCCCGAAACUCCUCACUGUGAAAAGGAACAUAAGGGUGAUAUGCAAGGGACUAAUAUGGAAGAAGCAUUCGCUUCACUUUAUCAAUCUAUUAGUGCUAGUGAAGUGGAAUUUUCCGAUUGUAUUUCUCUGGAAUCCCUGCUUCCUCCUUGCAGUCAGUUGAGAAACCAUGAGACUGGAUUGUUUGAGAUUAACCCCCACAUUGUUCACUCUUAUUCUGUGGACAAUGUAGUUGGACAACAAUCUGGACAUAAUCUUGUGACUGGGAAAGAAUAUGGCACUGCAGACAAUUUCUUUAGUUUUCCUGAUGACUGUGAACUACGGAAAGCACUUGGACCAGUAUUUCUUGCACAGAAACAUACUGAUGUGUUAGCGUAUGAUCCAUCUAGCUCAAUCAAAGACACAACAUCAAGUAUGUUGUGCAGUCGAGAUUUCAAGGAAGGUGAUAUCGAGUAUCUCCUCGAAGCAUUGAUAACUGCAGAUGAUAAUUCAGAUGAUACCUUUUCUAAUAACACAAUCAAUGCCAGGAUUCCCCCCUUGGUAGCAAAAUUGAGUCUUUCUACCAAAACAUGUCAAUCUGAAUCAAGUGCAAUAAUAGUGGAUGAUCCAGCCCCUUGGAUCAUUCCUGAAUCCAAAAUGACUGCAACAGGCAGGAAAAAUUUAACUAGUUCGUUGACAUCAAAUUCUCUAGUUGUUAACGAGCGGGAAGAACAAGAUUGUGACAUCGCUCAAUAUAGGAAAGGGAUGAAACGUUCCAAUUCGAGCCGUCAGAUCAAAGUUACGUCUAGUACAAGACAGAGACCGAGGGAUAGACAAUUGAUCCAGGAUCGUAUCAAAGAGUUACGGCAAAUUGUCCCAAAUGGUGGUAAAUGUAGCAUUGACGGUCUCUUAGAGAAAACCAUAAAGCACAUGCUAUACUUACAACGAGUAACUGACCAAGCCGAGAAACUAAAGCUACUAGCCCAACAAGAGGAUUUUGAUUCUGACAAUUGCACUGAUCUUGAAAAUGAGGAGUUUCAACCAAAUGGGACUAGUUGGACCUGGGCGUUUGAUAUUGGGAGUGAGCACCAAGUUUGCCCCAUAGUCGUAGAGGAUCUAGAAUACCAGGGACACAUGCUUAUAAAGAUACUAUGCAAUGACAUGGGAUUGUUCUUAGAGAUCACUCAAAUAAUCCGAAAUUUGGAAUUAACGAUAUUGAAGGGUGUGAUUGAACGCCAUUCAAACAAAUCAUGGGCUUAUUUCAUCGUCGAGGCUCCAAGGGGAUUUCAUAGAUUGGAUGUUUUCUGGCCAUUAAUGCAUCUUCUCCAGCGCAAAAGACAUCCUAUUUCAUGUAGGAUCUGAACUACAUCCUCCAUGUCAAAGCUGAACUUCUGUUGUUCACUAAUAUUUUCUUGUCAAGCAGAAAUUUGAUCAAAAUGAAAAGACUCGAAACAUGAACGCCUACAUGUAUCACUACUGAUGUAUAUACUUCAAUAUUACACAUAAAAUUUUCACCUUUAUGA